AGGGGGGCGGCCGCCGCCGCCGACCACCACCCGGGAGGGGCCGAGCGAUGGGCCGGUCGCGGAGCCGGAGCUCGUCGCGCUCCAAGCACGCCAAGAGCAGCAAGCACAACAAGAAGCGCAGCCGCUCGCGCUCGCGGUCGCGGGACAAGGAGCGCGUGCGGAAGCGCUCCAAGUCCCGGGAGAGCAAGCGCACCCGGCGGCGGGAGUCGCGGUCGCGCUCGCGCUCGGCCACCACGGCCGCGUCCCGGCGGGAGCGCGAGCGCGAGCGGGAGCGGGAGCGCGAGCGGGAGCGCGCCUCGUCCCCGCCCGACCGCAUCGACAUCUUCGGGCGCACGGUGAGCAAGCGCAGCAGCCUGGACGAGAAGCAGAAGCGCGAGGAGGAGGAGAAGAAGGCCGAGUUCGAGCGGCAGCGGAAGAUCCGGCAGCAGGAAAUAGAAGAAAAACUCAUCGAGGAAGAAACAGCUAGAAGAGUGGAAGAAUUGGUGGCGAAAAGGGUAGAGGAAGAAUUGGAAAAACGGAAAGAUGAGAUUGAGCGAGAAGUCCUCCGGAGGGUGGAGGAAGCCAAGCGCAUCAUGGAAAAGCAGUUGCUCGAAGAGCUCGAGCGACAGAGACAAGCUGAACUAGCAGCACAGAGAGCCAGAGAGGAGGAAGAACGGGCAAAGCGUGAGGAGCUAGAACGAAUACUUGAAGAGAAUAACCGAAAAAUUGCAGAAGCACAAGCCAAACUGGCUGAAGAACAAUUAAGAAUUGUUGAAGAACAAAGAAAGAUUCAUGAGGAAAGGAUGAAACUAGAACAAGAACGGCAACGACAACAAAAAGAAGAACAAAAAAUUAUCCUGGGCAAGGGGAAGUCCAGGCCAAAACUGUCCUUCUCGUUAAAAACCCAGGACUGAAUGACAGACUGAACUUUUUACAAAGAAAAAUGGAAAAACUUUGUAUUGUAGCUUCAUGUUGAAGUGUUUUUUUUUUCUUUUCUUUUUUUUUUUUUUUUAAUUUGGAAAAUCUGAAAAGUUAGCUUGUUCUAAUAGGGGCUAUGCUCUGCAAUCCCUUUUAUCCCCUCCCCCCUUCACCCUGAACUUUAAGAGUCAAAUCCUUAUCAGAUCAUUGCCGUCUUGUAAACAGUGCUAUAUUUUUCACUUGUUUGGGUUCUGCAUUGGUGGUCUGAAAAAAAGCAGAUCACUUUGUGAACUAUAAAAUGGUCUGAUAAGGUUUUUACUGGCCACUGACUUCAGAGUUAUACUCUGUUUACUCCAUCAAUAAUGCUGGUUUUGCUGACUUUUUGUUUUUUUAUACACUUAUAAAAAAAGGAAAAGUCGGCGAUUGCAUUGGAAAUGCUAGUGUGUAAGUGGACCUGUGCAGUGUGUUGUUAGCCAGUGUCUUUGUGAUGCUGGCGCCCUUGACGUUCCCGACGCAGGUAAGGAAACAGUUGGACAGCUCUGGUAACCAGAAUACAUGUGGACACUCAGUAUUGUCUCUGUUCAGCUUGUGUUUACGUCACUGACAAAAUCAAACCAGCAUUCCCCAUUGUGUAAAUAAAUGAUUUUGCUGAAUAAAGUAAAGUCUUAAAUUCA